AGUCCCACCCUUCCAUAAGCUAAAAGUGAACACUAAGAAGUCAGUCCGUUUGGAGCAGGAACAUAAUCUGUCCGAUAAUACAUUCACUGCUGCUGCCUGACAACAUGAGUGAUGCUUGGCAGGAGUGUAUGGAUCACUGUGUGGAGGUCACCAAAAAGGCUGGGAAGAUGAUCCGCGAGGCGCUCCAGAAGGAUAUCGCCGUCAUGCAGAAGAGCUCACCGGUUGACCUGGUGACCGAGACGGAUCAGAAAGUGGAACAGCUCAUUAUAUCCUCCAUCAAGGAAAAGUACCCAACUCAUAGCUUCAUAGGCGAGGAGUCGGUAGCAGCAGGUGCUCCCAGUGUUCUCACAGACGAUCCCACGUGGAUCAUCGACCCUAUUGACGGCACCACCAACUUCGUUCACAGGUUCCCGUUUGUGUCUGUGUCAAUUGGCUUCACUGUGAAGAAAGAGAUAGAGUUUGGGAUCGUCUACAGCUGCAUCGAGGACAAACUCUACACAGCACGGAAAGGCAAAGGAGCCUUCUGCAAUGGAGUCCCCAUCAAAGUGUCUGGACAGGAGGAUAUCACCCAGUCUCUGGUGCUGACAGAAAUGGGCUUCAAGAAGGACGCCGAGCAUUUCAAAACAAUGUUGGCGAACGUCAAGACCAUCCUCACCAUCCCUGUACAUGGUGUCCGCUCCCCGGGCAGUGCAGCUGUCAACAUGUGUCUGGUGGCGUGCGGGUCGGCUGAUGCUUACUACCACAUGGGCAUCCACUGUUGGGACAUGGCUGGAGGGGCAGCGGUUGUUACUGAAGCUGGAGGAGUUAUCAUGGACAUUUCAGGUGGGCCGUUUGAUCUGAUGUCUCGGAGGCUGAUCGUCGCCAGCAGCAGAGCCAUAGCAGAACGCAUUGCUAAGGAGAUAACGGAGUUCCACGUCGGCAGGGACGACACAGACGGCUAGUAGACUUCCAUCAUCUCUUCAGCCAACUUAACGGUUAUUUAGAACAUGUAACUCAGCAGGUCCAAUUCCAUCCUUGCCUUAAGAACCAAAAUGAUACACUUACCUCUGGAGAGCAGCUGAGUGGGUUUGUUAAGUAUUCUGCGCUUAGACUUUCAGCCUUCUUUCUGUUUUAUUUGCUUUUAAGUCAUCGUUAUAUUUUUGCACUCAGACAUCCACAGAUUCAGACUUUCUAUUCUGCUGUGACUUAUUUGAACAGUAAUAAUGUGAUUAGUGAUGAUGGAAUUAAGUCUUUGUGUCUUAAUACACGCCUGUUCUUAUGGUCUUGUUUAUAAUCAGACAUCGUUUUUUUAUUAUUUAUUUAUUACGGUGCCGUCUGAGCAAUUUCACAGAUAAAAUACCUCCACACAGCACAAUAAUUGUGCUAAAGUACUCAAGUUUUGAUCAGUAAUAUUGCUUUUCCAUAUAGGAUUUUGGGGCUUUAUUCUUAAGAUUUUGUAUUUAGUUUAAAGACACGGUGGUUGUAGUUUAUAUGUUUAAAAAAAUGCAGUGCCAUCUCUAGUUUGCACUAUGGUUAGCAUGUUGCAGUAUGUUGAAAGUGUUUAAAUAUUAAAUGUGUUUUUGUAAGUAUGUAAUGAAGGCAGCAAAUAAAAAGCACUAUAAAUAUC